ACGUCUAGGGUUUGUUCUUCAUCUUCUCUUUUUAGUCGUUGCUGUUCGGCUUCGUUGCUACGAAUCACUUCUUCGGCUCCUUCGUUGCUGUUCAACUUCGCUCCUUCGACGACGUUUUUAUAUCGGAUCUGAAACCACACCUCCUUGCCGUUCUCUGUUGGUUUGGAAGUAAGCACGACUAGGGGAGCUUGCUCUUGCUCAUUGCCAAGAAACUUGUCAAAUUCCCUUCAUUAUUGAUGGAUUCUCAGCCAGAACCUGUGAGUUAUAUUUGUGGAGAUUGUGGUGCGGAGAACACGUUGAAGCCAGGUGAUGUGAUCCAAUGCAGGGAGUGUGGAUAUCGUAUUUUGUACAAGAAACGUACUCGCAGAAUUGUUCAAUACGAAGCUCGCUGAUGGUUAACGAAACGUACCAUGGCUAGUUAUGCUGGAAAAUAAGUUUGGGACAAGUUAUUUUGGCUUUUUUUUUUUUUUUCUUUUGUUUUUUUUUUUAAGUUAUCUGGGCUAUAUGUGUUUGUUACAUGUCUGCAUUUCUAGUGUUGUAAAAACAAUUUUUCUUUCUGGACUACCACCCUCUGCUGAAUAUUGUGCUUUGCAAUUCUUCAAACACUAAAAACAAAUUAUAUUACUUAUAGUAAUUGAGUGUUGAUUUGGUGUUGUCAAA